GUUAUGAUACAGCUGCGUAUAAAAAGAGAAUAUCGUUCUUUGCCCUGAUUUGGCAAAAGUGCAAUCGUUUCGCAUAAAUAUUUGUAUUUGGGUGCUUUAAUAGUAUUUGAUCAUUCCUGUGUUUCUUGACACUUUCGAUAUAGAGAUGGGAAAAGACUAUUACAAAAUUUUAGGCAUUAGUAAAAAUGCCUCGGAUGAUGAAAUUAAAAAGGCGUACAGAAAGCUGGCCUUGAAAUUCCACCCAGAUAAAAACAAAACACCAGAAGCUGAGGAAAAGUUCAAAGAAGUCGCAGAAGCAUAUGAAGUGUUGAGUGAUAAAAAGAAAAAAGAUUUGUACGACCAAUUUGGCGAAGAAGGUCUGAAAGGUGGACUAGGCGGAGGUGGUGGUAACACUGGUGGCUCGAAUUUCACAUACACUUUCCAUGGAGAUCCUAGACAAACCUUUGCUCAAUUUUUCGGUACUGAUAAUCCAUUUGAUACAUUCUUCAGUAUGGGUGGAUUAGGAGGCCAUGGUGGAACAACUACAAUGUUCUAUGGAGAUGAUGGCAUGGAUGUAGAUGGUGAUAACGAUAUUUUCACAUCACACUUUGGAGUGCGCAGUGGUAAUCCCUUUCGAUCCCAAAGCUUCACAGCUGGUUCUCCAAACAUAAACAGAUCUAAAGCGAAGGCUCAAGAUGCACCAGUAGAGCAUGAUCUGUAUGUGUCACUGGAAGAUGUUGCGAAAGGCUGUACUAAGAAAAUGAAAAUUAAUCGCAAGGUCUUAAAUCCUGAUGGACGAACAACUCACAGAGAAGAGAAAGUGUUAACCAUCAAUGUGAAGCCUGGAUGGAAAGCUGGGACUAAAAUCACUUUUCAAAAAGAAGGUGAUCAGACACCAAAUAACAUACCCGCAGACAUAUCUUUUAUAAUAAGAGACAAACCACAUCCUCUCUUCAAAAGAGAUGGUAGUGACAUAAGAUAUACAGCUAAAGUUUCUCUACGAGAGGCGCUAUGUGGGACAAAAAUUGAAGUACCUACUCUUUUUGGUGAUAAAAAAGUCCUUAGGAUAAAAGACAUAAUCAAGCCAAAUUUUGUUCACAGAAUUCAAGGUCAAGGACUUCCUGUGCCAAAAGAUCCAUCUAGAAAAGGAGAUUUAAUAAUAGCUUUUGAAAUAAAAUUUCCUGAACAUUUGACUGAAAGUGUAAAAGCAACUCUUCAAGAAAUAUUACCUUGAUUAGAAUUAAAUUUUAAGUCUCAUCACUGUAUUAGACUAAGCUGUGGACAUACCUAUUAUGUUAUCCUGAACUUCCCAUACUUUGAUCCAGUUGUCAACAUGGAACAUUUUUUCAAAUUACAUUACUGGAUAAAAUGGUUUGUAUUAUAUGAAAUGAAUGUAUUUAGUUUGAAUGACGAGUUCAGGUUCUGUAUAUAAGUUGAUGUAAAUAUAUGUAUUAUAGAACUUUUAUUUUAAUUUUAUUACUCACUAAAUGUUGCAGUUCUAAAUUACUGCAUGUAAAGAUCUAGAAUUUAUUGGAAGCAUGUCAAAAGGUUUUUCUAUGUAUUUAAAUUUAUAAAAUUGAAUUUAGUUACAAGAAUUGUACUAUAAUAGUACAAUUUAGAUUAGUGGCUAUACGACUGAUAACUUGAUGCGUUGUAACUUUUUUUUUUUUUUUGAAGUUUAAAUUUAUAAUCUAUUUUAAAUCCCAUAAAACACCUUUUUUCUAAAAUUUACCCGAAACACAAUUUGCUUCUUUAAUGCAAGGAAAGUAUCUGAAAGUGUAUGAGAAGUCAUUCCUCUGUUUUUAAGAAAAAAUUGGAAGUGGUUUUUGAAAAUUAGUAUUUUUUAUAGACAAAAAUAAAUUUGUACUUAUACUCGUUUUAUGCUCUACAGUUUUUAAAUACGUUGAAUUUUGUAAAGGGUUUGUUUCAGCAAAUAUGAUUUUUGUUAUUUUUUAUGCUACAGUCGAUUCUCAAAAGUUCGAGGUUCCGCGAAAUCACAGGUGCUACAUUUAUAUUUUAAUUAUGUUAGUAGUUUAAAAAUUAGUUUUUAUUAAAAUCUGUAAGUAGAAACCUUUUUGUUACUGUAAACUUAUUAAUUACAUGGAAUACAUACUAAACAUACAUAAAAGUGUUGGUGGCACAAAAAUAUUCAUCAAAAGAAGCAGUGUAGCAAUGUGAAGCAGAAGCAUGAGAGAGUGUGGCGUUUCCGACGUUGGACUAUAUGAGAGGAAAAGCUAACAGUGAGCAAAAUGUAUAGAGCAAAAAUUUUAGACAUGAACUUCCCCUAUGUUGUACUUUACCAGUGUCCUUUACUCAAUGAAGUGGAUUAUUUGGCCAGUACCGUGGAAAGGCAGGUGUUAUGAUCAAGGAAAAUGAACCAGAGGGGGACAUUGAUGACUCUUCUGAAAAAAUCUGAAGACAGUGGUAACCUCAAUGAAUCAAGAAAUUAAAAAACUGCAGCUAUAGUUCCUUGCAUAGUAUUGGAGAAGAUCAACAAGCAUUAGUUGAAGGUACAAUUUAAAAAAAACUCAGAAUAAAACGGUUGAUGUGAAAGCACUAAUGUUUACUGUUAGUUACACUUCCUUGCACAAUUUCAGCUUUGAAUGUAAACACAUUUGAUGAAUCUACUCGAGGGGGGCAUAGGCGGCUGUGAGGAUGAAAUGGUCGUCUAUGUCACCUCUGCAUAGGCGAAUUUACGGGGAUGCGCCGCAUCCCCAACAUUUUUGGUCGGAUUUUCAAAAAAAAUAUUAAAUGAAAUAUAUUUUAUCAGGAGAAAAUUUGAAUUUCUCCUCGGGAAUUUUGUAAAACAACUAAUAUUUAUCUACAGCUACAAUGCAAGUAAAUUUACUUGAAAGCAAACUGAAAAAUACAAUAAUAUGCAGUUUAUUAUGUGACCCGGUCACUACACACAUCGCCAGAGAAAUUGUGAUACGUAUUAAGAAUUUUUCUCUAUUUGAAAAAGAAAGACAAUGAAUAAUUACAUGCAUCAAAUUAACACAUUUCUUAAAUGAUUUAUUAUUCUGUGCUGUAUUAUAGAAUUACUGUAUGUAUAUUCUGUAAUUGGGUAUUUAUUGGAAAAUCAUUUCAAUUUCUUUUUAUUUGAAACCAUAGCUGAUCAAGUCAAAAAAUGUGACUAUUGUAAUAAUACACUUUUUCAAACGGUAUAAACUGUUUAAAGUCAAGUCCUUACACAUCAUUCCAGCAAACAGUGCUAAAAAAUCGCUCUGAAAUCCACUAAAAAACAGCAUUUUUACUGUAAAUUUUCAAAGAUUUCCGAAAGAAUGCCCCCCUUCCCCAGACCCCCUGUUUGUCCUGAUAAUACCCCCCCCCCCCCCCCAAGGCUGCCACUGAGUUCCUCUACUAAAAAUAGUUGCUUUAGUAACCGAUGAAAAAUAGUUACCAUAUGCAGAAAACAGAUUCUAAAAUGUCCCCCACCUAUUAAAAAAUAUCAUUUAUAUCAUAUUAAUGCAAUGAAACUUCAAUAAAUAGACACCACUUCACAGCAGUGGGAUAGACCCUAUACGUGGAGCAAAUUUUUCCUGAACAACCCUUGAAAAAGAAAACUUUAAAAAAUAUAUUCCAGACUUUUGCCCAACUCUUUUGAAUAAACACUAGAGAAAUCAGUAUUGACACAUUCUGGUAUAAUUUCUCAUUGUCUGACUGUUAAUUAAAUGCAACAGUAAAGGACUGACUGUAUAAAAAGAGCUAGAAGCACCGCAAUCGUGAUAUUUUUGAUCGAGAGAAAAUUAGCCAUCGUUUUCAAAAAAUGAAUGCAUAAUAUGGAUACAAGAAAAUAAAAACCAAAACAGUUUUUAAAAAAGUAGUAGUAGAAACAAACUUUUUACAGAAAUCGCGUUUGCAAAAUCUAACCCUUUACAAAAAUUGCACUCGGAAAAACGAUAGUUUAAAAAAAAAAAUCGCGAUCGCAAAAACGAAACUUUUUAAACAAAAAUAUGAACAUGAUAUUUCUGGUCGUGAAUGUUUAUUACAUUUCAUUUUCCCUCAUUUUAAAACUAUUUUUUUCAAAAAUUUAACGCUGUAACACUUUUCCUCCUCUCCCCCCCCCCCCCCCGGCGGUAAACUUAUAAGCGGCUUUUCAUUUUUUUCAACAUAUUUUUCCUCCUAGGAAAAAGAAAAAUACAUUCAUUAAAAUAGUCACCGUUUUUUUACAAAUGAUUGCAAAAUAGUCGUUCAUGCCCAUGUUUUGACUAGAAUAGUUGCCCUAAUAGCCAUUGCUAGCACUGUACGUACUCCCCCCCCCCCCCCCCCCCCCACUUCGAUAUUGUUGCACCCCCAGAAUUCACAGCCUAAAUCUGCCUAUGCACCUCUGUAUGACUACCAGAGACUAUAGAAAGAGCUCUGUUAUUAUUAAAUAGUGUUUCUGAGACUCCUUCCCAAUUCUCAUUGAAAGAUUGAAACUGUUAAUAAAAUUUCACAUUCAUUAAGACAUAGAUGUACUUGGCAAAGAAGUUUUAAAGCAUCGCCUUUCAGCAACAGUAAGAUAUAUUAGUGUUAUUUCUGGAAUUAGAUGUCUUACUGUUGCUCUGAGGUGACAAAAGGAUCUCGCGCAAAAAACCCCACACAUAAAUAUUUACUAAUAAUAAAGCUGAAAGUCUCUCUGUCUGGAUGUCCAGAUCUCUGACGCGCCUACACAUACAUGCCUGCACACUGACACACAACUAUACACAUGUAACCGCCCAGGAGGAGGGGUAGACUUGGGGGGACAGGAGCUGUUUCUAGAAACAAUAGCCCCCAAUGAGUAGGACCCUGUCGCGACUCGUGAUUGCGAAAAAUAUAUUUGAAUUCAAAAUUCAAGUGUUUUUUUGUUUUGUUGUUGUCGGCUCAAGGGUUGACACUGCCUUUCUGUACUGGUUCCAGGAGGCAGUAAAUUUUGAAUAAAAAGUUUUGUCUGUUUGUUAAACAUUAAGAAAUGUUUAAUUUGUAGAAUUUCAAUGUUUUCAAAUGUAAUGCAUACUUUUAUCAGUUCUUGGAAAGUAUCGUAUCUACUGUUUGAAAAUUGUUCUUUAACGAUUCUUUAAUUUUUAGUUUUUGUAUAAAAUUUUAGUGUGUGAUUUAAAAUAAGUUUUAAAAUGUUGAUAUGCAGUGCACCGAUUAUUAAUUCAUAAUGCCAGCAUAAACAUUUUUGUGCUUCCUCAAACGUUUAAUUUGGAAAAAUGUUGAUUGCUUCCAGUAUGAAAUAAAAAUGUUUUGUUAAUAAAAUAA